AUGAGUUUUAAAAUAUACAACAAUGAAAUUGCAUAUUUAAUAGAUAAUGAGAUAAAGUUUUAUAAAUUAGAUAACCAAGGUCAAAUAAAUCAAACUGGACAGUUUAAGUAUGAUGAAAAUAUUUUAGAUUUCAUCUGGACUUCAUAUACAACUCAAAAAAAGUCAUCAAAGGGUUCAAAACAAUCAUCACAAUAUGCGAUAUUAGUUUAUAAAGAAGAUGAGUUUAUACUAUUAUCAAGUGUAGGAGAAAUCAAAAAAUAUAAAGGUUUCAAAAUAGAUAAGUUAAUAAAUUUUGAAAAUGAUUCAAUAUGGGCCCUCCAAGGUUCAAAUUUGAUUGAAAUUAAAAAUGGUAAAGUGCUGAGUAAGAUAGAAACUGACUUUACAAAUGUAAAAUUGAAUAAAAAUCAAGUAAUUGGUAUAACAGAAUCUACUAUCGAAUUUGGCAAAAUUCAAAAGGAUAAAUUUAUACUUGAGAACAAAUACGAUGCCACGGCUAACGAAAUAUUAGAGUUAGAUUAUUUUGCAUUCAUAAGUGAUAAUGAAGUUUACGUAAUGAAAGAUAAUUUGGAGAAAUUAGAAACUAGUGAUGUUAAAUCAGGACAGUUUAUAAAUCUUCAAGACGAAUAUUUAGUCAUCAUUGAAUCUGGAGUCAUAAAAUUUUAUCAAUUUAACAAAUUAAUACACAGCAUAAAAGGAGAUGUUGAUGGAAUUAUAUCUAAUAAAAAUUCAUUAUAUGUAAUUUGGAAGGGCAAAAACAAUUUGAAGUUUAAACAAAUUGAAAUAACAGCUUUAGAAAUAGAAAUUGAAACUAAUGGAAUCAAACAAGAUGAAGUCUCAAUACUGGUACCAGCUAAUAAAGUUAACAAUUUAGACUCCGAACGUAUACUUAAACAAUUAGACCUCACCGAUAAACAAAAAACUAUAGAACUCUGUUUAACACAAGACGAUCAAGAUACAAUCAAAGAAGUUGUCAAAACAUUAUCAUUACAGCAAGCACAAGAUUUAUAUUUAUUAUUAAUAGAUCAAUUAAAAUUAAGCAUUAACUUAAAUUAUUGGAUCAAAUGGAUUUAUUUAAUUUAUGGAAAUUCAUUAGAUAUAGGUUCAACAAUCUUAAUAAAUUCAUCAAAUUCCUUAAAUGAAUCAAUGAAGUUAUUACCACAUUUGUUAUCAAUCAAAGGUAAAUUAGAAUUGUUGAAAAUUCAAUCUAAUUUAAGACAAAAUAAUCAAGAAGUUCAAUUUACUUCAACUAUUGAAGACGAUGGAAUGGUAUAUGUAAAUGGUGA